GUAAUAUCAAGGAGUCGAUUGGUUCUUUACAAGACUUAAAAAAAUACUUUCACUUUAAAGAAGUGAAAUUUAUUAACUCUACAUUUCUUUUUUAUUUUGUAUUCCAUUUAAACACUACACCAAUAUGCCUGAUAAGAUUAAGGUUGUUACCCCAGUGGUUGACAUGGAUGGUGAUGAAAUGACCAGAAUUAUCUGGAAGUUUAUUAAGGAUAAACUUAUUUUCCCAUAUCUUGACAUUGAUCUCAAGUAUUACGAUUUGGGAAUUGAGUAUCGUGAUGAAACUGACGAUAAGGUAACUGUCGAUGCAGCAGAUGCAAUUUUGAAAUAUGGGGUAGGGGUUAAGUGUGCUACUAUUACCCCCGAUGAAGCUCGUGUUAAGGAAUUCAAUUUGAAGAAAAUGUGGUUAUCUCCUAAUGGUACCUUGAGAAAUAUUUUGGGUGGUACUGUUUUUAGAGAACCAAUUGUCAUUGAUAACAUUCCAAGAAUUGUUCCAACUUGGGAAAAGCCAAUUAUUAUUGGUAGACAUGCAUUUGGUGAUCAAUAUAAGGCCACUGAUGUUGUUAUCCCUAAGGCUGGACAAUUGAGUCUUGUUUUCAAGCCAAGUGAUGGUUCUGAAACUCAAACUUUCAAUGUUUAUGAUUUCGAUGCUGCUGGUGUUGCCUUGGCUAUGUACAAUACCGAUGCAUCAAUUACUGAUUUUGCAGAAUCUUCAUUUAAAUUGGCUUUAGAUAGAAAAUUAAACCUUUUCUCAUCUACAAAGAAUACCAUUUUGAAGAAAUAUGAUGGUCGGUUUAAAGAUAUUUUUGAAUCACUUUAUGAAAGUAAAUAUAAGAAGGAAUUUGAUGCAGCAGGAAUUUGGUAUGAACAUCGUUUAAUUGAUGAUAUGGUUGCUCAAAUGUUGAAAUCUAAGGGUGGAUACAUCAUUGCUAUGAAGAAUUAUGAUGGUGAUGUUCAAUCAGACAUUGUUGCCCAAGGAUUUGGAUCUUUAGGAUUGAUGACAUCUGUUCUUACCACUCCAGAUGGGAAGGCAUUUGAGGCUGAAGCUGCUCAUGGUACAGUCACCAGACAUUACAGACAACAUCAACAAGGAAAGGAGACUUCUACCAACUCCAUUGCAUCUAUCUAUGCAUGGACUAGAGGUUUGAUUCAAAGAGGUAAGUUGGAUAACACUCCAGAUGUUGUUAAAUUUGCUGAAAACUUGGAACAAGCUGUCAUUGACACCGUUGCUCUUGAUAGUAUCAUGACCAAGGAUUUGGCCUUGGCUCAAGGAAAAACCAACAGAGAAUCCUAUGUUACUACUGAAGAAUUUAUUGAUGCAGUUGCCAGUAGAUUGGAUAAGAAUUUAAAGUAAAUGAAUUUCAAUUUUUGAAAGAGGAACUUUUAUUAGUCAAUAAUAAUUUUUUUUAAAAAACUUUUAUAUCUUGUUUAGGAUUAGAUAUUCAAUGAAGAAAUAAGAGAAUUAGAAAAGGAUGAA